AUGAGUGUUCAUUUCGGGGAAAUGCUCGGUAUAGGAAACUUUGGUGUUGUUCGUAAAGGAACGUGGCAUCAAAGGCUAGUUGCAGUCAAGGAGUUUGAUCAUCUACCACCAGAACUGCGCGCACUAUCAAGUAUACAGGCUGCUCCUCACAUUGUUCAAACCAUCGGCUACUACAAGAAGGUUGACGAAAGCUGUACCCACUUGGUCAUGGAGGUAAUGAGGAUGGAUCUAAAAGAGUAUGCAAGCAAGAACAAAGGGCUCACGCACUUGCAACUGGUUGAGAUGCUGCUCCAGAUUACCAAGGGCCUCGAGUUCCUGCAUGGAAAUGACAUUGUGCAUAGAGACCUCAAGCCAGAAAACGUUCUAAUCGAUUUCACUGAUGCGGACGAAGAGCAGCUUGUCCUGAAACUCGCCAAUUUCGGUACUGCAUGCAUCAACUUCAAUACUGAACUUUCACAUACAGCUCCAGUAGGGAUGAGUAUUUUCAUGGCCCCCGAGCUGUGGAGUGAAGAAAGUAGAAGAAAGGGUGAGAGCGUGUACUCAAGAUCAGUGGACCUUUACAGCCUUAGAAAGAUAUUCUCCCAGUUGGUCUUGUCGUAG